CCCGCCAUCCCCAACCCCGUGGCCGGCCUGGCCGCCCUCUGCCUCACCUACCGCAGCAGCAUCCGCUCCCUGGAGGUGCAAUGCGGAGAACACCUGACGCUGCUCUGGAGCCUGGCCACUCACAUGUACCUGUUCGAGCACCUGCUGGCCACUCGGCGCUGCUUCGAGACGCUGCACAGCCUGCUGUCGCCCGCCAAGCCCACCGCUGCGACCCUUCCCCUGCAGGGCCCCGAAGGCCGCCUCCCUGCCCAGGACGGGGCCCCCUUCCCCGAGGGCCCGCCCCCCAGGAGGCUGCUGGGGCUGACCCUGGAGUUCAGCUCUCUGAAGGUGACCGCCUUCGUGUCGGAGAGCCGCUACUUGAGCCUGGCGGCCGAGCGGCUUUUACUCAAUCGGCACGGGGCGUCCCUGCACGCCUACUGCCCGGGUCUGGUGGCCGGCUUUGAUGGCAACAGCAUCCUGGUCCUGAAGGAGGUGGAGCUGCAGGCCUUGCCGGAGCUGGAAGAGAUGAUCCUGCACCGGGGCCCCGUUCCCAACCUCUGCACUUUGCGCAACCACGUCUGGGCCCUUUCCUGCGCCAGCGUGGCGGUGGAGUUCCCCUACCAGUACGACUUCUCGGCUACCUUGGAUGAGGCGCUGGGCGUGCAGAAGUGGCUGAGGGGGCUUCACGGGAGGAAGGCCGCCGCCGGCGAGGCCCCACCGGGCCCCCUGCCCCCCGACCUGCUGCUCAAGGUCCAGCACUUCUCCUGGGUCUUCCUGGACGACGUCUUCGAGGUGAAGCUGCGCGACAACUACGAGCUGAUGAAGGACGAGAGCAAGGAGAGCGCCAAGCGGCUGCACCUGCUGGACGCCAAGGUGGCCGCCCUGCGCAAGCAACACGGGGAACUGCUUCCGGCCCGGAAGAUCGAGGAGCUCUACGCCUCCCUGGAGAAGAAGAACAUCGAGAUCUACCUGCAGCGCUCCCACCGGCUCUACGCCAACACGCCCAUGCGCAAGGCGCUCAUCACGUGGACCCUGUGCGGCCUGGAGCUGGUGGCGCUGGCGGACGAGGCCUUCUCCGGGGCGGAGCGGGUGCUGCAGCAGAUCCGGGACAUGGAUGCCGCCAGCCCCUUCCCGCCUGAGGGCCUGGAGCUCCUCACCCACUGGUGCCGCAUGGUCAAGGGAAGCGUCAAGACUUUCUUCGUGCGGAUCCGGGACUACCCCCGUUAUUUAUUCGAGAUCCGGGACUGGAGGCUGUCGGGCCGGCUGGCCGGUGCGGAGACCCCCGGGCAGCCCUGCUCUCGCCGGCGUCAACAGCUGGAGCUGGGGGCCCCGUGGGGCCCUGUGACCGUGGAGAGGAAUAUGCCCCCCUUGAAGUUCUACCACGACUUCUGCUCCGAGGUCUACCAGUUCACCAUCGUCUGGGGGCCCUGCUGGGACCCCGCCUGGACCCUCAUUGGACAGGCCAUCGACCUGCUGACCAAGCCUUCCGAAGACCCCAGCCCGCCUCUCCCCUGGUGGGACAAGAGCCGCCUGCUGCUGCACGGCGACUGGCACAUGGAGAUCGAGCAGGCCAGCCUCCACCAGGUGGCCACGGAGGAUCCCUACAACACCACGGAGAACCUGCACUGGGAGUGGAACCGCCUCUCCUUCCACUGGCAGCCCGGCCAGUUUGUCUUCAAGGGAGACCUAGACGUCAACGUCCGGACAGCCUCCAAGUACGACGACUGCUGCUUCCUCCACCUGCCCCAGCUGUGCAUGACCCUGGACCUGACCUGGCUGUGCCACGGGAACCCCCACGACCACCACAGCCUGGUGCUGCGCUCGCCGGAGUUCCUGCCGGAGGUGCCCCUGGGGCAGCAGUACGACUCCUACCGGGCCUUCCGCUCCGAGAACCUCAACCUGGCCAUCCGCAUGGACCUCACCCGGCCCAGUGGCGAGGCCUCCCAGCCCCGCAUCCUCCUCUACAGCAGCACCCUGCGCUGGAUGCAGAACUUCUGGGCCACCUGGACCAGCGUCAGCCGGCCCAUCUGCCGCGGGAAGCUCUUCGGCAACCUCAAGCCCAGCAAGAAGAAACUGGGGCCGCACUACCGCCAGCUCUCCUGCACCGCCCUCUUCCCCAGGCUGCAG